AUGUUGCCGAUGUGGCCUACGAGGAUUGAGUUCUUCGAGAAGAGGAAUAUACCGGUGAAGAAAGUGUGCUGCAGCAACUCCAUUACCGUCUUCCUGACGGAGGAAGGUAGGGUGUAUGGAUGCGGAGCCAUCAACUAUGGUCAGUUGCCGCACAAUGCCUUUGAGCCCGUCCAUAUCUCGCUUAUUCGCACCUUUAUCGAUCCAGGCACAAGUGAAACCACCCCACAUACUGUAGAAAGAAGAACGGAUGGGCAAAAACUCAUUCGCAUUAGAGAUAUCGCCUGCACCGGCAGUCUAGUAGUAUUUCCAAGCUCAAAAAAUGAGAUCUUCAUUCAAGGUGCGUUGCCCAAGUUUGGCAUUCUAGUUCCAUCGCCACAACUUGCUGUAGUUGAUCAAACCGCCGCCAUUCGUGCUUUCAAGGAAUCCUUGAAAGCAAAUUCCUCGGUUUGUUCGGAUAUAGACGGUUUUUCUGCGGAAGAAAUGGUAUCAGGUCCAUCCUCAGUGCUUGUUCGCUACCGAAAUGGAUGCGUUGGUGCUCUAGGAUCAAACUCCGAAGAACAGCUGCACAAUGUUAGAAAGGUGAUCCACGGUCGGUCCGUAAAUCUUGCACCAUCAUUUGCCUCGACAAGUUUGUUCCAAAUGUACACCAUGACAUCAGCAUUGUCUCGGGAUGUGUGGAAGCGAUCUUGGCUAAUCUGUGGCAGCGAAUUCAGCUUGCUUGUUGACGUCGACGAGGUUUAUUCCGUUUACGAACAGGUGCAACUGACUGAGCUGACGCACGGGGAAAGAAUCUGCAUGAUUGAUGCUAUGCGGAAGAGUCUGUUGAAGAGUAUUCGUUAA